GCUGGAGGCGGGAGCGCCCGUUUCAGGCGGGGGACGCGGGUGGGCGGGGAAGGGGAGUGUGGGAGGAAUAGUCGUGCGGUUGCCGUGGCGACCGGGCGGCCGUGCCCGGAAAUGGGAUGGCGCCGGGAGGCGCCCAGAGGACGCCAGCGGCCGGCAGGAACAGGCCCGGGAUGGCGGCCAGGGUGCCGGCGGGGGGGGCGCACACUGUCUGCAUGGUGUCGGACUUCUUCUACCCCAACAUGGGGGGCGUGGAGAGCCACGUGUACCAGCUGUCGCAGUGCCUCAUUGAGCGGGGCCACAAGGUCCUGGUGGUCACCCACGCCUACGGCAGACGGAGGGGCAUCCGCUACCUCACCAACGGGCUGAAAGUCUACUACUUGCCCCUGAAGGUGAUGUACAACCAGUCCACGGCCACCACGCUCUUCCACAGCCUGCCCCUGCUCAGGUGCGUAUUUGUGAGGGAGAGGGUCACCAUCGUCCACGCCCACAGCUCCUUCUCCGCCAUGGCCCAUGAUGCCCUCUUCCAUGCCAAGACCAUGGGGCUGCGGACAGUUUUCACUGACCAUUCCCUCUUCGGGUUUGCGGAUGUCAGCUCAGUGCUGACCAACAAGCUCCUGACAGUGUCCCUGUGUGAUACAAAUCACAUCAUCUGUGUCUCCUACACAAGUAAGGAAAACACAGUGCUGCGAGCAGCUCUGGACCCUCGGAUAGUCUCUGUCAUCCCCAAUGCUGUUGAUCCCACCGACUUCACUCCAGACCCGUCAAAGAGGGAUGAUAACACAAUAACAAUUGUUGUUGUCAGCAGGCUUGUUUACAGAAAAGGUAUAGACUUGCUUAGCGGUAUAAUUCCCGAGCUGUGUCAGAAAUAUCCGGAGUUACAUUUCUUAGUUGGAGGAGAAGGACCAAAACGAAUCAUACUGGAAGAAGUCCGGGAGAGAUACCAGCUACAUGACAGGGUUCGACUCCUAGGAGCCUUGGAACACCAGGAUGUUAGAAAUGUUCUAGUCCAGGGGCAUAUUUUUCUCAACACUUCCCUCACUGAGGCCUUUUGUAUGGCAAUCGUGGAAGCAGCAAGCUGUGGUUUACAGGUGGUGAGUACAAGAGUUGGUGGGAUUCCUGAGGUGCUUCCAGAAAAUCUGAUUAUUUUAUGUGAACCCUCCGUGAAAUCUUUGUGUGACGGAUUAGAAAAAGCUAUUGCGCAGCUUAGAUCAGGAACACUACCAUCUCCAGAAACUGUUCAUAAUAAAGUAAAGACAUUUUAUACAUGGAGGAAUGUAGCAGAAAGAACUGAGAAAGUGUAUGACAGGGUUGCAGAUGAAGUGGUUUUACCAAUGGAUGAGCGACUUAACAGACUAAUGUCUCACUGUGGCCCAGUGACUGGGUGUAUUUUUGCUCUUUUUGCUGUUUUAAACUUCCUUUUCUUGGCAUUUCUGAGGUGGAUGACUCCAGAUUCUGUUAUUGAUGUUGCAAUAGAUGCCACAGGACCUAAAGGAGCAUGGACUAAACAGUAUUUUUUGAGGAAAAAAGGAAGAGUUAAAGAAGAACUUCCGAGCUCCUGAAAUGCUCAAAUGGAGAAGAAAGAACACAUCAGUCACUAAAGGUUUUAAUGCUUGCUGAUAGAGACAUUGCUCUUAAAACUCUUUAGUUUCUUUCUGAAGUUAUUGGAAAGAAACUUGGUUAAAUGUGCUACCUCAAUUUAAAAUUAUGUUUUAAUUUAGUUUUGGAUUCAUGCAAAUUUAUAUGCCUCUCUUUUGCACUUAAAGCUGGGAGGAGAACAUGGGGUUUUAUAUGUGUCAAAAGUUUUGAGACAAAAAUAUAACAUAUUUCUCGACAACUUGAAUAUUACAGAAAGUGACUGUAAACUGUAGUGGUAUUUGGGAAAGCAAACCAGAAAAAAUAUUAUCUUACAGUACUCCCUGCUAAUUCCUGAUAUUUACUGUGAUUUUUAUUUUGACAUCCAUUUAAAAUAUUUACUUAAAAAACCAAAAAACCACACUUUUUCUCUUCUAAGAUGAAAAUCACACUUGAAAUUAGUCAUUAAGUCUAUUACCGUGGAGAUUUGAGAGACUUGGUUCUAGCAGUUGUGUCCCAGUGAUAGUGUUUUGCCUGCACAGCGUUAUUAUUUUGAAGUUCUCCCCUUGUCAGAAUUGAAUCACUCUAGUGCUAAAUCAAAACUCCAUCAUGAAGUUUUGAUCUUUUCAGAGGUGCUAAAUUUGUUCUGUUCACUUACAUGUGUGAAAGUGAUGUAAGCUUACAGCCUUUUUUUUUUUUUUAAGUACAUAGGUGAAGAUUUUAUAUUAUUUUAGAGAUAAUACAGCCUUCGGAAACAUCUCAGGCCUGAAAAUUCCUCCAGCAGACUAUGCCAAAGUGGGAAGUAACACAUUUGUGUGUGUGUGUGUGAGAGAGAAAUCUGUGAAGGGCUUAACAAGCACCAUCGUGUUUGUGCUCUCGCUCUCUCUCCUUAUUUUUCUUUAUUUUAUUUUUAUAUUUUGUUCCCCUUAUGACCAAAAUGGCAUUUCUGUCCAUCUCUUGGAGGGACAGUGUUUACUGUGUGUGGUUGCAGUUAGACCACAUCAGAGACACUGUCAGACAGGUUCUGCAAGUGAAAUCUUGGGAAGGUGUCCCUUAAAUGGAAAUAACAAAUAGAUAUGUUUUUCGUGGAGAGGGAAAAACCAACCAAACAAAACCAAACAAGUGGCUCCUUGCAUCUGUUAGCAGUCCUGAGUAAUCUACACCUGGGACAACAGGCGGCACAACAUGUGAAUGAAUACAUGAGAGGCGGCAUUUAUCUCAUUUACGUCAACCACCUAAACUAAACCUUGCCCUGCCUAAUGCACUGGGUUAAUUUAAUUUUCCAGCAUCACUGAAGACUAAACGUCUUACGAUUUUAUGACUGAGUAUUAUGUAGUGUUGAGCACUGUAUUAAUAUUAGAACUGCAAUAUGAAUAUACUGUUUUCAAACCCUUGAAGGGCAGUAUUUAAAAUGUAACUUCUGUUAAUAUCAUCUUGUUUGUGUAGAGAUGUAGUGACCCAACAACUGACAUUUUAUAAUUUAAUAGAACAUAUUUUCAUGAAACACAGGAAGGUAAUGUGAAAUAAAUGCCAUAUACAAAGUCUAUUUUCUUUUACUAGAACUUUUAGCCUUUGAUAUGUAAUGUACAAUAUGUAUUGUAUUGCAAUUUGAAUUUUUCAAACUAUACAUUAAAGGUAGAGGAUAGCUAAAAUGGUGCCACACGGAUUAUGGAUAAGUGGGUAGAACUAAGGUAACAUUUAACUUUUUCAACUUUUUUUUUUUUUCAUAACAUUCAAGUUUAUAAAAACUUUUUAAAAAUACUGAUUACCAUUCCAGGGAAAUGUUACAUAUAUUUUUUUAAUAAUAUUUUGUUGAUUCUGUUUUAUUUCUUCUUGGUUUCUUGCAACAUAUAUGAACAAAAGUAAAAUUUUGAACAAGAUUGUGAGAAUCUAUUAAAAAUACUUCUCUCUUUUGUGGAACUUUAUGUACUUAGGAAUAACAUAAUAAAACCGUGUUAUAAUCCUGUUUACAAGCGAAAGCGACAGUUUAUCUAAAAGUUUAUUUAUCUUUCCAUAAAGAAUCAAUAUAUUUCAUUAAUAUGUGGGAACAUGCAAUUAGAAAGUACAGAAAUAUCCUCCAUACUGCUUCUUUCUAUUACUGAUGGUUGGGCUUCUUAUGAGAAAGACGAUGAUUAUAAAACUUUCUGCACAAGCUGACACAAAAAUUUAAUCCUGAACUGAUUUAACUAUAUAUAUGCUAUUUUGCAAGUAAUGUAACUCUUAUUGUGCGUAACUCUUUGUGGGACUGAUUCACUUAACUACCUCGUGCAGUGGAGUAAAGGACGAUGUCACUGAGUCCUUCACCAUUUUGAAAAGUGUAAGUGGGUGAAAUGGAAGAGUUUAAAAUAAUCACAGUAGUAAAAAAAUGGGUGGAGAUAAUGAGUGUAUUUUAGGAAUAGGUAUUUAGAAAUAAAUCACUAUUUAAAAAGUCUAAAAUGUUUCAGUUGUGCUUGUGCAUAAUAUUUGAUCGUUAUGAAAUACUAAAGGAAAUGUUAGCAAAUGGAGAGUGAUACUGAGUCAUGUCUUGCACAGAGCAGAGCCUCCUGCGUGGAGGUGGAAGGAAACACCCAAAACCUUCUAUAGAGAAGGUCCCUCCCUUUCCCAGAAGGGACCACUGAUCCACAAUUAAAUUCCAUCCCACAGGCACAAGCCAAAAUUGUUUUUCUAAUAUGUUAUAUGCAAACACUGUGAAUUAAGGUAUAGACAGCAUGUUGGUAAUUGAAACUUGUGCGUUGAACCAGAACAAGUAUCCACUAAAGUAUGAAUGUAAGAUUUGUCAUUCAGACUGUGUUUUAGGGAUGUGGGUAGAUCUGUUAGAAGGUAAAUACACUGUAAUGUACUUAUUUUUGUGGUCAGAUUUUUCUGCAUCUUUUAAAAAUAAACUUAUUUUUUCCCCUUUUGCUGUUUA